AAUAGUUUAAUAGUAUAAUAUUUAAUUGUAUAGUUUAUAAUGCAUUAGUAUUUAUUAUGUAAACUCAAAACUAAAUCUACUAAAAAUGUCUAAGAAUAUUACUAAGAAGUAAGAACGCGCAUUGUUUCUUUCUUUAUAAGAUAACUUAUUUGUGAUUUUGGCAUAUAACUAUUCAUUUGCGAUUGAUACCUGACCGGAUACACUCGUACCUAUAUUAUUUUGUAUAAUAUUAUAAUUUGGAUCAUUUUAACUUUAAAACUAUAAUAAUGGACGUAUACUUAUCGGAAUCAGAGUCAGAUGAUGAAACCUUACUCUUAGUAGCAAUGCUCGAAGAUGAAGAACAAGAAAGAAAGCCUAAAAGGAAAUGUUGGGUUCACGACAUUAAUAAAGAACGUGAAAUAGUUGGAGAAUAUACUACUCUAAUGCCUCAACUAAGAGCAGAUCCAAUUCGAUUUUUCAUCUAUUUUAGAAUGAUUCCAGAUUAUUUUGAUGAAAUCUUAGGUUGGAUUUCAGAUGAAAUAUAUAAGAUAACCACAAAUUUUCGCAUGCCGAUUUCUCCAUCAGAACGACUGGCGAUUGCACUAAGGUAA